CCCUUUCCCCCGGUGAGAAGGGGACACCUCUGUGAUGCCCCCCGCUACUGCUCCCGAGCCCGGUGGGGAUGUGAGUAGAAGGCGUAUCAGCAAAAUCAUCUUUUUCCUUUUUGUGUUUGGAGUCAUCUUGCUCUGUGCCGGAGUCUUGCUUUCCAUCUUUGGUUUUCAGACGUGCCACUAUGAAACCCUUAUUGACUGCAGUGCAGUACUGAAAAUCGUGGGGCCUUCCUGCGCCGUGGUUGGCCUCGGAGCAAUCAUAUUGGCCCGAUCCAGGGCAAAGCUUCAACUCAGAGAGAGGCAGCGGCAAGGCAACCAGGUUGACCCGGACAGCUUCUUUAUUUGUGGAGAGAGUCGCCAGUUCGCCCAGUUCCUCAUCUUUGGGUUCUUGUUUUUAACCAGUGGGAUGCUGAUCAGUGUGCUGGGCAUCUGGGUCCCUGGAUGUAACUCAGGAUGGCCCCAGCAAUCAUUUAAUGACACGGAGACUUCCAGUGCAGAGUCACAGGCAUGUGGCUUUCUUUCUCUCCAGAUAAUGGGCCCAUUGAUAGUGCUCAUUGGAUUAUGUUUCUUUGUGGUGGCACACAUUAAGAAAAGACACAACUUGAGUUCUAGCCAAGACUCCUCGGAAAGCGAAGAAAGGCGCUCACAGAACGAGCCUGUACAAGUCACCGUAGGUGAUUCUGUGAUAAUCUUUCCACCCCCACCUCCACCUUAUUUUUCGGAUGUUUCAACAUCUACGGUGGCAACACAUAACUCUGCAUCUAACAGUUUGCCUCUGAGUGAGAACCCACCAUCAUAUUACAGUAUUUUUAAUUAUAGGACACAGGUUCCUGAGGUUCAAGGAGCAGCUUCUUAUAGAGAUCCUGAACCUAUAUAUACAAUUCUGGAACUAAUUUAUCUUCAGAGACGUCACCUGCCCUCACACAUUUCAUCUGAAUUGCCUCCCAGAUAUGAAGAAAAAGAAACUGUGAAUGUUGACCUUCCCACCUCUUCUACUUCCUCUUCAUCUUCUCAGCCUUCCCCACCAUGA